CAAAAGGAGAAAUUGAGACGUAAAAGAACUGGGAUGAGUCUUCCCGCGCUUUUGCGAGCUUGUUGUGGCUGGAUCAGGAAGUGGGAGGCAGUGUGACUCUGCAGCAUGACAGCUCGCUCACACACUGUCCUGCUCACCCCUCCUUCCAUUCUGCUGCAGCGUGUCACAGAAGAGGAAGCCCAAGCAGAGGAGGACCAUCCAUCUGUGUGUUUAUGUUUCUGUCAGUGGACGGCCGGGUGAAGAAGGGGCACCAGGAGACGUGAGGAGCACGAGGGGGAGACGAAGAAGAAGAGGAGGAGAGAGGAUGUAAUUGUCAUGUCACUAUGUUUGGACAUUGACUGAUCACAGCAGGAGGAAGACUGAUAAGAGGAGAGCGUGGAAACUAAGUCUUGUGUGUUCUCAUGACAGUGUUGGAUAGACCCGCAUUGGAUUGACUUUCCAGGGAGAAGAAGAAGGAGUUGACUUUGUGAACCAGUGGAGGGCAGAGGAGUGGAGGGCCAGGGGACUAACCUGGCCAUCAAACGGACUGGAAGCCUCUCCUCUCCUGGGAUCAUGUACCCUCAGGGCAGGCAUCCGGUCCCCUUGCAACCUGGCCAGUCUUUCAAGUUCACCGUCCUGGAAACUCUGGACCGGAUCAAGGAGGAAUUCCAGUUCCUCCAGGCCCAGUAUCACAGCCUCAAGCUGGAGUGUGAGAAACUGGCCAGCGAGAAGACGGAGAUGCAGCGGCACUACAUCAUGUACUACGAAAUGUCCUACGGUCUCAACAUUGAGAUGCACAAACAGGCGGAGAUUGUGAAGCGUCUCAGUGCCAUCUGCGCUCAGAUCAUCCCUUUUCUCUCUCAAGAGCACCAGCAACAAGUGGUGCAAGCAGUGGAGCGGGCCAAGCAGGUCACCAUGGCUGAACUCAAUGCCAUUAUCGGGCAGCAGCAGCUCCAGCACCUGUCCCACCACGCCCCGGGUAUCCCCCUCACGCCGCACCCGUCCGGCUUGUCUCUUGGCGCAGGUGGCUCGGGACUCCUGGCACUGACGGGGGCCUUAGGGGUGUCAGCCCAUCUCGCCGCCAAGGACGAACGCAACCACCUUGACCCAGAACAUCUCAGAGAGGGAGCACCCAGCAGGAGUAAGUCGGCGUCAUCAACAGACAGUCAGGCCCCAGAGGAGCGUCAGGGGCCAUCAGGCGGCUACGCCCCCUCACAGAGUGGAGUGGAGGCCAAGAGGAGACGCUGCGACGACAAAGAGGCCCUCGCGCCACACUCAUAUGACAGUGAUGGAGACAAAAGUGAAGACAAUCUGGUCGUGGAUGUGUCGAAUGAGGAGCCAAAUUCCCCUGUAGGCAGUCCACCUCAUUCUCCCCGAGGGAACGGUUUGGACCGAGCUCCUCCCCUAAGAAAAGAGCUUCCAGGCUCCUCGGGCGCUGCAGAGGCCCCCUCGACCCCGAACCCGUGUAGCCCCGCUCCAGGAAAAGCCAAGGAUCCUGUACAGGUGGAUAAAUCCCAGUCACCCUUGUCCAAGUCCAGCACCCCAUCGCCAUCCCACCGUGAGGCCCUCACACCCGGAGCUCCCGGAGCGCCCGGUCCCAGCACUUCCUGCCUUCGCUUGGUCAGCAAAGCGGCGUCUGCUGCCGACCCCCUCGCACUGCGCAGCCCUAUGUCCGUGCCCCCCGGUUCAUACCCGGCUCAUUUUGGCGUGGUGUCCCACGCAGGACUCAACGGCGAGCUGGCCAGCCCCGGAGGUUUCGGCGGGGCUCUGACUCUCUCGCCCCAAAUCAGCGCAGCCGCCAGCGCCUAUGCUCGAAGCCCCAUGGUGGCUUAUGACUCUCGGUCUCACCUGAGGGCCCCAGGCCUGUCAUCCUCUCUGCCUGGUUCAUCUGGCGGCAAACCGGCUUACUCGUUCCACGUGAGCGCGGACGGGCAAAUGCAGCCAGUGCCCUUCCCGCCGGAUGCCUUACUGGGCCCAGGCAUCCCUCGUCACGCCCGACAGAUCCACAGCCUGAGCCAUGGCGAGGUGGUGUGCGCCGUCACCAUCAGCACCUCCACACGCCACGUCUACACGGGGGGAAAAGGCUGCGUCAAAGUCUGGGACAUCAGCCAGCAGGGCAGCAAAAGUCCAAUGGCCCAGCUUGACUGUCUGAACCGCGAUAACUACAUCCGCUCGUGCAAGAUCCUACCUGAUGGACGCACGCUGAUAGUGGGCGGUGAGGCCAGCACGCUGUCCAUAUGGGACCUGGCCACACCCACUCCUCGCAUCAAAGCCGAACUGACGUCGUCUGCGCCCGCCUGCUACGCUCUGGCCAUUUCGCCCGAUAACAAAGUGUGCUUCUCCUGCUGUAGCGACGGAAAUAUCGUCGUGUGGGACCUGCACAACCAGACACUUGUCAGGCAGUUCCAGGGCCACACGGAUGGAGCCAGCUGCAUCGACAUCUCGAACGACGGCACCAAGCUGUGGACGGGAGGACUCGACAACACGGUGCGCUGCUGGGACUUGAGGGAGGGACGCCAGCUGCAGCAGCAUGACUUCACCUCACAGAUCUUCUCACUGGGUUACUGUCCAACGGGCGAGUGGCUAGCGGUGGGAAUGGAGAGCAGCAACGUGGAAGUCCUUCACGUGUCCAAGCCUGACAAGUACCAGCUGCACCUUCACGAGAGCUGCGUGCUCUCGCUCAAGUUUGCCUACUGCGGCAAGUGGUUUGUGAGCACCGGCAAAGACAACCUGUUGAAUGCGUGGAGGACCCCGUACGGCGCCAGCAUUUUCCAGUCCAAGGAGUCGUCGUCCGUGCUGAGCUGCGACGUGUCCCCGGACGACAAGUACAUUGUGACGGGCUCGGGGGACAAGAAGGCCACCGUCUAUGAGGUGGUCUACUGAGUGAGAGGACAUUCAAGUUGCCUCGACAACCGCUCGCGCAUCCAUAAUGUUGUGGAAGGUGCCCUCCCCUUCUGCACGCAGUCUACAGAAAGAACCAGCAGUGAAGCAUAUGUUUGGGUUUUUGUGCAAAAUUUCUGGAUGAACCAAAUAUGCACUUGAAGCUUUUAAGAGAUCAACUUACAGUGGUAUGAAAAAGCAUCUGAAUCUUUUGGAAUUUCUCAUAUUUCUGCAUGAAAUGUGAUCUGAUCUUUGUCAAAAUCACACAGAUGGAAAAAUGGUGUCUGCUUUAACUAAAACCACCCAAACAUUUAUAGGUUUUCAUAUUUUAAUGAGGAUAGUAUGCAAACAAUGACAGAGGAGGGAAAAAUAAGUACGUGAACCAUCACUUUUAAUAUUUUGUGCCCCCCCUUUGGCAGCAAUAACUUCAACCAGACGCUUCCUGUAGCUGCAGAUCAGUCUGGCACAUCGAUCAGGACUAAUCUUGGCUCAUUCUUCUCUACAAAACUGCUGUAGUUCAGUCAGAUUCCUGGGGUGUCUGGCAUGAAUUGUUGUUUUCUGAUCAUGCCACAGCAUCUCAAUGGGGUUCAAUUCUGGACUCUGACUUGGCCACUCCAGAACUUGUAUUUGUUCUUCUAAAACCAUUCUGAAGUUGAUUUACUUCUGUGUUUUGGAUCAUUGUCUUGUUGCAGCAUCCAUCCUCUUUUUAGCUUCAACUGUCUGACAGACGGCCUCAGGUUUUCCUGCAAAACCUCCUGAUAAAUUUUGAAUUCAUUCUUCCAUUAAUGAUUGCAAGUUGUCCGGGCCCUGAGGAAGCAAAGCAGCCCCAAAUCAUGCAUGAUGCUCCCUCCACCAUGCUUCACUGUGGGGAUGAGGUGUUGUUGAUGUUGGUGAGCUGUUCUAUUUUUCCUCCAGACAUUGUGUGUCUUUCCAAACAAUUUAACUUUGGUUUCAUCAGUCCACUAAAUAUUUUGCUAAAACGUCUGUGGAGUGUCCAAGUGCCUUUUUUCGAACAUUAAACGAGCAACAAUGUUUUUUUUUGGUUUUGUUUUUUUUGACAGCAGUGGCUUCUUCUUCUUCUUGAGUCCUCCCAUGAACACCAUUCUUAGCCAUAGUUUUACAUAUAGUUGAUGUGUGCAGAGAUGUUGGACUGUGCCAGUGAUUCCUGUAAAUCUUUAGCAGACACUCUAGGGUUCUUUUUUUACCUCUCUGAGUAUUCUGCGCUGAACUCUUGGUGUCAUCUUUGGUGGACGGCCACUCCUUGGGAGAGAAGCAAUAGUGCCAAACUCUUUCCAUUUGUAGACAACUUCUCUGAAUGUCGAUUGAUGAACAUUCAUAGUUUUAGAGAUGGUUUUGUAUCCUUUCCCAGCUUUAUUCAAAUCAACAAUCCUUGAUCGCAGUUCUUCAGACUGCUCUAUUGACCGAGCCAUGAUGUACAUCAGACAAAUGCUUAUCAUUGAGACAAUUCUUACCAGGUGUGUGUUUUAUAGUAGGCAGGGCAGCUUUAAACCACUUAUCAGUGAUUGGGCACACACCUGACUUACCGUAAUUUCCCGAAUAUAAGGCGCAUCCGUGUAUAAUGCGCACCCCAAAUUUACUUGUAAAAUCUAGGGGAAAUUAUUGUACCCGUUUAUAAUUUUAGAAGAAAACAGAGCUUGUGUACAGAUACAGAGAUGUCAUUUUACUGACUGGUGAAACACAGCACAAGCAUAGCACAUUGGUAGUUCAAAACAUUACCGUAAACUGAAAAUAUUUACGGUAAUAAUAUGAUUUGACAACUUCUCCAACUUACCAGAAUCUAGGAGAAAAGAAAACAGAUGUGACUUUUCUUUUAAAGGCUGCUGUAUAACUUGCUCGUUUCCUCAUGAUGAAUAAAUGUUUCUUCCAUGGAUUGAUACGGUAAAAUGAAAGUGAGAACGUAAGUCGGAAAUCCGUGAGAGCUCAUAGCUGUCAACACGACAGUAACAAAAGGAACUAUUGUUAUUUGGGUUUGAGUUUCCCGAGGGACCGAUAUAGUUGACGGACACAGGAAGUGUGUGUCCUUACAUUUGUUAUGGUCCGAAUUGCGGAGCUGCAAUAAACGUCGACUCAAAUGAGUUCAAGAAACUAAAUUCUGUGCUUUAUGAAGAGUGUAAAAAGCAGAAUUUAACACAGACGAAAUCAUUCGGCCGAUUAGAGUGAAGUAUUACCGAAACAAAACGGUGACGUCACGUACCGUAAUGGUCGGCAACGGGUCGCCGCAUACGUUUCUUCAACACAACGUGGCCGUGUCAAUGAAAAAAAAUCGGUUUAUAUAUAUAUAUAUAUAUGUAAUACAUAUAUAUUUCUGUCUCCAUCCAUGUACCCGUUUAUAAUGCGCACUAUGAGUUUACAAGUUGAUUUUGGGGAAAAAAAGUGUGCGUUAUAUUCGGGAAAUUACGGUAAAUUGUUUGGUAAAAAUUCGCUUCAAUUGCUCUUUAUGUCUCCUUAGGAAGAGGGUUCACUUAUUCUUCACUUUUCUGUCAUUGUUUGCAUGCUAUCCUCAUUAAAAUCUGAAAACCUAUGAAUGUUUUGAGUGGUUUUAGUUAAAGCAGACACUUUUUACAUCUGUGUGAUUUUGACAAAGAUCAGACCACAUUUGAUGGUGAUUUUAUGCGGAAAUGUGAGAAAUUUCAAAAGGUUCAGAUCUUUUUCAUAGCACUGUAGAUUUGAGCUUCUCAAACCAUUUUGGAUUCUAAUGUCGGAUUUUCCUCCUCCAGUAUAAUUUGUGUAUUUGAAUGUGUUUACCGGACAGGAAAGAUUAGGGUAUGACAGGGCAACAUUUGAACUCAAUGGCCAUCAUCGACGGCGGUAAACGUCCCUUCCAAUUUGACUUCCGUUGUCAUUGGCAAUGAAUUACAGUUCAAAAGUGCUCGUGCAUUUUAGCUUCAUCCUGUUCGGCACAAAUCCUGUAUACGCGAAUGCGUGUUUGAGUAAGGAAUGUAAAUGAAAAGGAGGAGGCUGUCUAAUGAGGGCUGUUUCCUGAUUAAGAGCUCAGCAGAGGAAGGGAAGCCCCCCCCCCCCAUCCAAAAUCCCUCCACCCCAGAAGAGCACUGAUAGCGCACUGUCGAUUCAUUAGGCACACACGCACACACGGCUGUAAUGAGGCCCACGCCGCCGCACGCUAUGCCUGUCGAGAGGUGUCACGAGCCAGGGGGGAGCCCCCGCGUCGCCGAGGGAGGCACAAACACACCCCCUCCGGGAAACGAUACGCAGCCAAUUAAACAGCCUCCUUGCUUAUUAUCUCUUAUUUCCUUUUGACGCCAUCUAAUGAGCGUCGUUCUGUUCUCCCGACAGCCAUCAGAGGGUCCCAAUAAUGUGUCCCCCCCUCCCCACGCCUCCUCUCAAAAGUUACACAACAUGUCUGUUUUCAUAUAAUUAAGAAUCAACAAUUUUGUACUUCUUUCCAGCUUUUUCAGUCCAUUCAUGUUCGUUUCUACCUGCUUGUCUAUGGUUUCAAGGUUGCCUGUAGCAGACAUGUCAAAUUGAAACAUUACUUUUUUAUUUAAGAACCCCCACAGUAGUGGUGACAGGCAGCAUCAAUAAAGCCACUUACUUGGUUUUCGACUUCAUUUUUUUAUGAAACUACUCAGUUGGAUUUUGAAAUUAAGCCAACAACGGGCAAUUUGGCUAGCACUAGAUUAGUAACAGGAAAAAUGCAGUAGGAAGAACAAUUGGUCUACCAUUGGGAAAUAAUAGAAGGAAAAUAUCGCCACUGUAUAAGAAUUGAAGAAAAAAAUUCUGUAAAAUGACCUUUUUGUACAGCAUGCAACCAAAUUCUCAUGGGAAGACUGUAGCAAUCAUAGUUUUUUGGGGGAGUAUUUUUCCCCUUGCAGUUCUGUCAAGUGCGCAGCUACAGAGUUUGACAUUUGGACAAUGUUGAUGAUUUUGCCUGCCUGCCUUUCAGCCACAACUUCCUCUCCUUUUCACACGAGGCUCCAUGUAUGUACAGUAUACUAUGUAUGAUGGCCACGCGUUUGCUUUUUACUUGUUACAUUUACAAGCUGAUGUACAGGGUUUUGUUUUUCUUGAAAAGGUCAAGGAGGCUUCGUCCCACUGCGUUGCGUCUUCCAUCCCACGUGCUGUAUAAACAUUGACGCUAAUACUAUUAUGUGUGCAUAAUAAACCUAACACGUGUUCAUCCUUUACAUGACUUGUUUUUUCUUGUGCCGAAAUUUGUUCUCUGAAACUCAAAUGACGUGCACACAACACACCACCAACCCUAAUUAGGGUUUCUAAUUAGGGUUCCUGUUAAUUUGAAUCCCUGACUCUAGUUAAAAACCCUUCAUUGCGAAACCCUAAUUAGUUUAUUGUAAUUACAUGGGUUAAGCCUGAGCAAAAUAAAUCAAUUUAUAAAAAGAUCCCUUCUAGUAUGGGAAGAUUAAUAUGAAAACGAAUCUCCCCUCACCCCCUAUUUUUCUUGAUAUAUAUAUAUGGCGGAAAACACAGACAA